GUGUGUGGCAAUGCUUAUUCUUAUACAUUUUACGUCUCGCAGUGUUCCCCAAAAAUAGUAUACGGAUUAGACCGGAAAAGAUCCUAUAUUGUUCAAGCGUGACAAGCGAAGGGCGACAAGUACUUUCCUCGACAGAACAAUUGGCUAGGCUGUGUAUUUGAGUGUAAGAUUCACAGUAAUGGUGACUACUGUUGAUAGAAAAAAAGACACUUCAUGAAAUAUUGUGUUGGUAUUGCGUUCAGAAAUUUGAAAAAAAAGCACAGUUUAUCAUACGUUUGACCUUGAAAACAAACUGAUAAUAUUGGAUGGUGAGAAGAGGGCGAAAAGAGAAAAAAGUGAAACGGUGCAUGAAGGUCUGAAAGAAAGAAAGAGCGAAUUAUAAUUAAUAUAACUUUAAAAUAAUCCCUUGAAACAACCUGACUAUUCUGAAGUGACACGACAAGACUGGAACGGUGAACGAGGGAGUGGGCAGAGGAAAGAAAAACCUAAUAACACUAAGGUGAGAGAGUGAGAGAGGAUGGCCAGCGAGAGGACUUCGUGGGCCUCAAGGUGGAGACUCUCUUAUGUGAGGACGAUCUUCGCUCUGUGGAUAAUCUCCCUCGCAACCUCUGAGGAACUCACUGCUGUUCUAGACACCGAAGCAGCUAUUCCAUACACCAAGCCAGCUGUUCCAGACACCGAAACAGCUGUUCCAGGGACAGAAAUAGCUGUUCCUGGCACCCAAACAUCUGUUCCACAUCUAGAAACAAAUGCUCCAGACAAUGAAACCCAUGUUCCAGACAUCCAAGCAGCUAUUUCUGGCACUCAAACAGCUUUUCUACGCACCGAGACAACUGUUCUAGGCACCGAUGCAGCUAUUCCAGGGAACCAAACAGCUAUUCCAGGCAACCAAGGAGCUGUUCCAGGCAACCGAGCAUCUGUUCCAGGCAAUCAAGCAGUAGUUCUAAAUAACCAAGCAGUUGAUCCAGGUACCGAAGCAAGUAUUCUGGACACUGACGAGGCGCGGGCCAUAUCCGACGACACACCACUGGCGGAGGCUGUCAACGCCCUCCUCGCCAGUACUCCAAAGAGGGGCGGGGAUGGCGUGCCGGUGGGUGACCGUCUGGGGCCAUUACUCCCUCAGCACCCAGACACACCCUUGGCCUCCCCGAUGGUGGUAAGACGCUACUCUGUGCCUCAAGGGCCGGGCAAAGAGAGGGACGUCCCCGUGGUGGUGACACAAUACGCCUUACCGACCGACCAGAAAAGCCAGGGGGACCACAACGUUCUCAUGACACGGAUAUCCUUCCCUGACGGUGUCCCUGGGGUAGAGAGGCAAGGGGAAGGAGAGGAGAAGGACUUUUAUUCCACUGGGACGCCCCUACAGAUGAUAAAUACCACGGGGGAGUAUGGCACACCCUUGGAAACAAAACAAAAGGGAGAACAACAAAAGGAGGAUGCUCAGAGCGAGGGAAUACAGGAGGAUGUGAAAGAUGGAGAUACGACUACCACAACGUCCCCUGAGAUUAAGAACACUCCUGGGGACGCCAUUGAUCUCCCACAGGGGACGGAACACCUGUGGGAUCCUACUGAGGUCACGGAGUUAACUUGGACACAGGAAGUAGAGAAAGAGGCCGAGGAGAAGAGGGAGGGGGCAUGGGAUGUACCGGGCAUGGUGUGGCAGGGAGCAAAACCAAGGACCCCUACCGCCCUGGAGAUGAUGGUGAAGAGGGCGACGACAGAGGCUAGCCAGAGACAAGACCAAACCGGGAGUGACCAGCUAUACACCUCUACGCGCCCGUCAGUUAAGGAGGCCGAGGACGAGAGAGGAGAGGAAACAGGCUAUGUGAGGCCGGGAGUACAGGUGGCCUUGAAGGGGCACUCGCCUACACCGGCAGCCUACUCUUCUUAUCCUGACCGCUUGCCACUCCUCGGCCGCUUGCCGCCUCACUCCCGUUUACCGCCACACAUAUACCACCACCAGCACCACCUUCACCACCACCAGCAGAUCCCUUCAGCAGUGCAUUCCCAGGCACAACAGCAGCAGCAGCAGCAGCAGCAGCAGCACCUGGCCCAGCAGCUCCACCAGUACCUUUACCACAUCGCGCAGAGCAACCCACAGACACAGAUGAUUGUGCAGCAAAUGCUGAGACACAGACCAGAGGCACAGAGGCUGCUGGAGCAGGUGCUGAUGGAACAGUGGUACAGACAGCAGCAGAUGCUACUUCAGGGAGGGAAGCAGCAGGAGGAGGUAGAAGAGGAGGAGGAGGGGGAGGAGGAGGAGGUGGCAGAUAAAAAUGAGGUGGACACUUUUAACAUUGUCAUCACCAAGAAUUUGACCGGGGGACAGUCACACCCUUCUGUACAAGUCCUGUCAGAUGCCCAGGUGGACGCAAUGCUCCUCAACACCACAGUCUCGUCAGUACACAACCUUGAGGCGCUGAGGCAAGUGGUGGACGCUGCUGUCGCUCACGCUGCCGCCUCGCAGCCUGUCGCCAUCCAGGAGGCCGUAGCGCAGGUCGUGGAGAGCCCUGGGCAGGAGGCGACGGUCAAGGUGCUCAACUCCACCAUCCCGGACCGCGGCCAGCUGGAGUCCACGCUGAACAGGCUGCUGGGCUCCGAGGUAGUGUUCAGCGGCGCCAGCACGGGCCGCGUUCCCCGCCCGCAAGGCUCCGUGGUGGACACCUUGUUGCAGAACACCGUGGGCAGCGGCAGAGACAACCUGCACAUCAACUCCUCCUCCAAAACCAACGUGGUCAACAUCUUCAUCAUCAACAUCAUCGGUGGUGUUGAUGGCGAGAGUCAGCUGCCGCCACCAUCGCCACCAUUACUACCUGCUCUUCCCGGCCCUGAAUCGGCUAAUAUUCCUCGCCCCCACCUCCCAGGCUCUCCUCCCGCCCCGCCGCAAGCCAUGAGAGAUAAGACUUUCUUCACCAUGCUUCCUCCCGCCUCGUUCGUGCCACUUGUGCACUCUGCGAACCCGCCUGGUGAAUCCCCUCACUCACAGGAAUCUGAUGAGCAUCCCGGAGAGGCGUCUCCGCACCACCAGCAAGGACAGCAGCAGGCGUUACCACCAUCACCACUGCCAUCACAACACCAGCAAAAGCCGGUGACGUCUCCACAGCAGCAACAACAACAACAACAACAACAACAGGGAUACGGUGUCCCCAAGAGGCCUCCUGGCGCCGCUCCUCCAAGCCGCCCCAAGCCCGCCAUACCCCGCCCCGUUUCCCGCCCCGCUUCCCGCCCCGCUCCCGGGUCGCCGCCAGCAGUCUCAGCCUCGCACCUCAACCCGGGCGGCAUCCUGCUCAACAACAACCAAAUGCUGAACUUGCUGCCGGAUUUCGUGCGCGCCACCACCAUCCCGCCGGUGGUGCCUCUGUACAACACCUCGGUGCACACUAUCCUGGGCAAGCAACCGUCAGUCAUCGGCCUGCUGCCCAACAAGCUGUUCGACGUCGUCAGGCCGCAGUUGCUGCCCUCCACUAACGCCACCAUCGGCGGCAUCAUCCGCAAGAACUUGCUGGGGAACCUCACCAGCUACUUCCCGCCCAGCGAGCCGCCUGUCGACGCUCCGCCCACACCCCAGGUGGGCGGUGCAACGAUCCCCCGCCCAGUCAACACCCAAUACUCUACUCUAUCCCACGCCGCCGCCGCCCUACUCCCAUCCAGCGACAGCAGUGUCCCCAGCAACCCUCUCCCCUUCCUGCGCCGGCACGGCAGCCUGCUCCUACCCAAGACCAAGGGCUCUCCGUCCUCGCGGCCCCCGGCCCACGGAGCAGGCCGCAGUCCUCGCCCACAGCACAGCGCCCCACAGCGGCCCCCACAGAGCCCCCUGCAGCAGUUCGUGGUGGUGAAUACAGACACGCGCACACCAUCCCGUGACGAGAACGUGUUGAGCAUAACAGACGACGCCGCCACGCCGCGGUCUGCCGUGCCGCAGAGCCAGCAGGACGACGCCGAGGACGCUCCUCAGACACCGGUGAAGAAAAGCAAAAAGAAGAGUAAGAAGCCCAAGCAGAAGUCGUCCCUGUCUUCCAUCAAGACCAUGGCCGCUGACGCCGUAGCCGCGGUGGACGGCAUGAACAACGUGAUGAAGGCCGUGGCCAUCGGCGCCGUGCCCAGCGGCAUAGCCUUCGCCACCGCCCUCUGGCCAUACUGGGCGCCCUUUGUUCUCGGCCGCCGGCGCCGCAGGGACGUGGCGAAGACUGACACGAUCUCGCACGACUGGCUCAGCAUCCUGACCGGGAACAAGUACAAGGGCGCUGACACUGAGUUCCCCGCCGCCUGGAUGAAGAAGAAAGACGUUGGCAUGAACAGAAGGCCUCCGCAGGAUGGCGCAUCGCAGGACAAGAGGCCGGGGAGUGUCCACAUGCUAAGGAUGCCUGAGGAGGAGAUGCCCGGUGCCACCACCGAGCACUCCGCCUCCGCGAAACGAUCCACCGAGGCCACGCUGCCCACCACCGACCUGAACCAGUCCAUCGCGCAGGUCAUGUCGUCACUCACUGAUCGGCCCUCCCCUGACGCCUCCCUCCCCCCCUCAGACAUGGUGCCCGCAGAUGACAUGAGCGAGGAGGCUGCCCCACCCGACAUGAGCCUGGUCAGCAACUUUCUUUACUCAGCGCUGCAUGACUUCAACGGCGCCGCCUCUCAGGAGACGUCAGCGAAGGAGGAGGAGCCAGCAAUACCCAUUAAUUUGGACCUGAUGGGGGAGCACAUCCACAUCACUCACUCCCCAGUAAUGGAGGACUCUGAUAGUCUGCCUGACUCCACCACACCCGCCAACACUACCCCCACCACAACGAAACGACCAGUCACUAGAAGGACGACUCAAUUCACUACAACUAGAAUUCCAACUAGAAGAACGACCAUCAUCAGGCGACAAUCACUCUCUACCACAACACCUAGAACCACCACUUGGCCACCACCGAAACGAACGACCCUCCGCCGCACCACCACAGUCAGAUCCACCACAUCACGACCCACCACCACUGCCACCACACGACCCCCGAGACAAACAA